AUGGCGCAGCUAGGUGCGCAGCUAGAUAACGGCAAUCCACCAGAAUAUGUGGCAUUUCCAGCCAUAGCAGGUCAAGCGAAACCACACCAAGUCAACGAUGUUUAUGGACAGUGUAAAAUAAACAGUGGAAGUGCUUUCUAUUGCUACAACGCCCCUAUCACCAUCUACGUCCCAGGUCCUCAAAAUCCUAUCGGUAUUAGACAACCUCCACGGGAAGGAGAGCACGCAGGGCUAAGGGGGCCAUUCGCAAGUGGCCUAAAUCCCGCAUACCAGGGGAACUUUCCACCCGGUGCAGGACCGACUGUUUACCAUGAAUUUCAAUCCAGUACAGGACAGCCUGCUUAUAAUCCCUACAUGUACCAGGCUCCUGGUCAACAUCGCGGACACAAGACAAGUGAAAAGCAGCAACAAUACCAGUGCUUCGCGGAUAAUGAUUGCAAGAGUAUGAACCAAGAACAUACCACCACCGCAGAAGACAUCGACGACAGUGUCAUAGAAGUUGAUGGGCAAGUAUGGAACGCUGCUCGACUCGCGAAAUUGCAGACGAGCAGUCGACUGGCAUCUCAUGGCGGACACGGUCGUCAAAGCUACUCCUGCAAGCAGAAAUCAAACCCAUACAAUGGUAGCCAGGUGUUCAGCCAUUCUAAGUUAUCCUCUUCGCAGACAAAUUUGCGAGGGGGACACCUUACAACGCUUUUCACGCCGCAGUCUACUCCAGAAAUCUACAUUCCUGUUAAACCCCUGGCCCAUCCCCGCAAAUUCUACAUCAAAGUCUUCGCUGUGGAUGGCCAAGAUGAACUAUCCGAUUCGCGAUUCAGGCAAUGGGUUAUACGAAAACGCGGUGUAAAAUGCUGUAUUGCUGAGAUUGAUGAUGGCGGAUUGUCCAUAUCCUUCUCGUACUGGUCAAGCAGCAAUUCAGAUAAGGUAUCCUCCAAGUGGUUUCCCAAGAUCAAUAGCCGCAACGUCUAUCGAAUCUGCCACGACCAACAUGCUUCUUCCAUCAAGAUUGAAUGGAGCACAGGCCGAACCUUGUACAUUCAAUUUCGUCCCAGGCACUACAAAUCAUUUGUACGACUUCUCGGACGAUUGGAAUGUUCUGGGGACCUCGCCAGCUGGGCUAGAAGCAUACAGAGAAAGGACCAGUCCACACGACUCCGGCUCUAG